AUGGCAUUUGCAAGUGUCAAUGGUAAGACAGCUAUCGUUUCAGGAGCAGGUGCCGGCAUCAACUUAUGCUUCGCUAAACUCCUGCUGUCACAUGGCUGUAACGUCGUCUUUGCGGAUCUAGCACUCAGGCCUGAAGCUCAGCAAGUUGUGGACGCAUAUGCCACGGGCAGCCCUCGAGCAGUAUUUCAGCAGACAGAUGUGCGGAUCUGGACGCAGCUUGAUCGUAUGUUUGUGACUUGCGAGAAAGAAUUUGGCGCUGCAGACAUCGUUUGUCCGGGUGCAGGUGUGUAUGAGCCGCUCUUUUCUAAUUUCUGGAUACCGCCGGGUACACACCCAUGUCUUGACUCACCUACAGACGAUCGCUAUGCUGCAAUGGACAUUAAUGUCACGCAUCCAAUCCGUGUAACACAAUUGGCAAUUAGCCACUUCCUCAAGCACAAACGACCAGGCAAUAUAGUUCACAUUUCCAGCAUCGCAGCACAGAAUCCUGGGAUCCUAUACCCACUUUAUACUGCCUCCAAAUACGCCAUCUCAGGCUUCGUACGGUCACUUGCUGGUCUCGAGCAACCUAAGUCGGAUAUACCUACUAUACGAGUGACUGCUGUUGCACCAGGAGUCGUGAAAACACCCUUAUGGACAGCAAAUCCCGAGAAGCUGAAAUGGAUAGAUGAGGCAGUGGAUGAUUGGGUAGCUCCGGAGGAGGUCGCAGAGAGAAUGCUUGAUCUCAUCCUGAAGAAGGAGUAUGUGGGUGGAACAGUGCUUGAGGUCGCGAAGGGACACGCAAGACUUGUUGAAAAUGUCAAUGAUCCUGGACCACCAAAAGUUCCUGGUAUGACUGUAAGCAGCAGGGGUGAUGGUCAGGAGGAAGUAUGGCAAAAAUUGGCAUCUCCAGGUUGGGGCACGGCAUCGAGGUCGUGA